UCAGUCUGCCGUUUGCUGUUCGUACUUAUGCUUAGAAUCACUACUGCAUUGAAUAGCAACACCAGAAUAAGAAAGAGCAAUGUAUAAUGUAAAAUCUUAUAUUAGCCCUUUAUUUAUUUGCUGAGACAAAACGGAACUGUGGGAUACCUGUAACUAUGUGUAAAACUGAGGGAAGGUGACUGAAACAUUCAAGGACACAUUUGAAAUAGUUAGCUAACAGGCUCUGAACUUUUGCCCGCUUGACUAUCCUUUCUCGAGAAAUGCGACACCAUAGUAAACAUACUGACAAGUAACAAAUUACUGUGGGCGUCAUAUUGUUACUUGCUCUUGUCUUUCCAUGUACCAGUGAAUGAACACCCAAUAUUCCAGAUCCUUCUACCACCUCCUUUGUGCGUGGGUUUUAUGAAGAGGGGCUUUGCUAAACUGUUGUCACCCAUUAAUGAUUAGCUGUAGCUUUUUCUUCAGCCACCAACGCUUGUCAAGUGUGAACUACAUCAACGAGGUGUAACUGACUCAAGGGUAAAUAAAGAUGACAUAUUUAGUGUAAAAUAUGGACCAGCACGUAAAAUAAAUUGUGGUUUGUGUUUCCCAGCCUCAGUCAUCUGUAUAGAUGCAAAAGUACAGAUUUGCUACUUUUUUAUAUUUGCUUGUGCUGGGACUAGGUGCAUGCACUUUUCCUCCUGGUCCGUACUCAGCCCAAGGCUUGCUGUCCGCCUAACCUAGUUUUAGUAACAAAUCCGUCCUAUGAUUCAGUUAAACUCCCCAAAGUCGACCCAGGACCAGACUGAAAAGAUGGCGUCACUUCCAAACAGAAUGUUAAACGGAUUUCAAAUCUGAGUAGAGAUACUGAACUUUGCAUAAACCUUUUGUGAGGUCCGGGGACGUAAGAGGCUGAAAUUUAGCUUUCCACGUUAAAGAUAGGAAAAUAAUUCCUUAAAACAAACACAAUAACAUCUUAAAUAGCCUGGUCAAAAAGUAUAUUUUGAGUGGUAUGAAGGCCUAUGAGGAAAGAGAGGAAGACGGGUUAAAAUCUCAAAAGGACAUUUGUCCCUUUCUUCGUUUCUCUUUCUCUCUUUCGGGAGAGCCUUUCACGCGGGGUUUGACAUAUUCGUGCUGUUAUCAGAUUGAUGGGCCAGUUUGAUUGAAGUGGCUUUGUCAUGCAAAUGUCAAGCGCGUGAUGGAUGGUCACCGUGCGCUGACAAACUUCUGUAGGUCCCCACACCAUUGGCGCCGUGACGGCUCACGUGACCAGCAGCUGAGGUAUAGAUGUGUUAUAGGGAAGCAGGAGCAAAUACUCUGGAGGUAAUCAUUUUCUUUUUUUCCCUCAUGACAUACUGCUGCGAGGUUGUAGCACGUGCAAUUUCUACCUAGCGUCUUUCUCCACUUCGCUAUCAGAUGCGCAUGGACAAUUCCAAAAUGAACUCAUUUUUGGAGUACACAAUUUGCAACCGGGGAACGAGUACUUACCCCACAAAGUCUGGAUACCAUCAUUUGGAUCAGGCUUACUCGGGCCCCUUUCAGUCCAGUGACAGCUAUAACGCUGAUGGACGACUUUACGUAGGGGGCAGUGCGCCGGCGGCCACGGCACAACAUCAGCACCAAAGUGGAGGCUAUGCGCAUCACCAGCAUCAAAAUCAAACCGGUGGCAUGGGCCUUUCAAAUUACAAUGGCACUGGCUAUGGAGCGCAAGCAUCCGCCACACCGGACUAUGGCCAUCAGCAGUAUUUCAUGAACGAACAGGAUGGAAUGUAUUAUCAAUCUUCUGGCUUUGUUGCUCCAAGUGUCGGUCCUAAUUACGGGUCCUUAGCCGGUUCGUAUUGUAGCACACAGGGAGCAGUUCCGGCGGCGCCAUAUCUACACAUGAAUGGCUGCGAAGGCCAGGACCACCAACUCCUAUACGGCCAGGGUACAUACGGCGACCUAUCAUCCUGCCAGCAGAAGGAGACAUGCUCGGAUCAAAUGCCAGGGAAGACAUUCGACUGGAUGAAAGUGAAAAGGAACCCUCCUAAAACUGCAAAAGCGACAGAGUACGGCCUGGGUCCACAAAACACAAUCCGAACAAACUUCACCACAAAACAACUUACAGAACUCGAGAAAGAGUUUCACUUCAGCAAAUAUCUGACACGAGCUCGCCGGGUAGAAAUCGCUGCCACGCUUGAACUCAACGAGACACAGGUGAAGAUUUGGUUCCAGAACCGACGAAUGAAGCAGAAGAAGCGUGAAAAGGAAGGUCUCGCUCCUACAUCCUCCACUACAUCUAAGGACUUUGACGAAAUCUCGGAUAAUUCUACGACAACAUCUCCAGGCACGUCCCCAAGUCCAGAGACCUAACGAAGUACGCGGAACUUAAGGUCCUAAUAUGAACUUCAGACUUUUAUAAUAUAAAACCAUAUUUCGUUAAACAUUCCAAAUGGUGUCAAACAGACCUUCAUAUUGAAAUGGGAUACAGGGCUAUACAUUUUACCUUUCCUUUGACCGUAAGGGGAGCUAACAGUUUGUUCUACAGCAACAUACGUGGAAUAAAUUUAGACAAACUGUUUAACGCCCAUUUCAUUUUUAGGCUAAUUCAGGGUACGCUAAUUCCGGCUGUAAUCCAAAAGUCGGUAAUGCACUUUUAGAAUGUUUACAAAUCUCUAAAUGGACAAUGGACCUUUCAAUUACAGGGAGUCUAUAAGGGUAAAAAGUAACUUUGUACUUUGUAUGCUUGUUUUUUUGGAUGUAGAUAUACUUUAGUCAAUUGUUUGUUGUACGUAGGGUAUGUCCUAAGGUUUAAUCGAACCGUUUGCACUUUGCGGUUACAGGGUAGGCCUUCACGCCACUGAUGCACCUCGUAUUGCUAUUACUGUAAUCCCAUCGACUUGAAUGAAUGAUGUUAUUUUUCUUUUGGUGCAUAAUUUUAUUUUUACCAGAACACAAAGUGCUAUAUAUUUAACUAUUCAGGAUUUUUGUAACAUGCGAUAUGUAGGAUGCAUUUGGUGGCCUUAUUUCAAUGUCAUGCCACGGAAAAAGUUUUUGAGACUUGUAGAGUGCAGUUGUUUAGGAUAAAUACAGGGUUAUUACGUAUUAUUCGUUAUCCAAAACCUUCAGAUUUUGAAUCUACAACAGACUGGCUGAGUUUUAUUAGUUUGUCUGUAUGUUUAAAGUAAAGUUUUAUUUCAAAUAUGUG